AUGUCAUUCCGGCCAAUGUUCCAGCAGCGAGCUGUUGCUCCAAUCGCAGCCACCCUUCUGGCUGGAGGCGUAGCCCUGUAUCCCAGGCGGACUGCAUACGCCGAAGAGCCUUUGGACAACAAAAAACCCAUCUACGAUGACUUCCCAGCCGACAUUCCCGAACCCACCAGGGCCACCCCCCAGCUCCCUCCCACCCGCAGACCAACUCCCCCUUCGUCCCCCUCGCCUACCCCGACCGACAUCCUGACGGCCCAAGUCCGCCAGGCCCGUCUCUUCCUCUACAGCCACUCCCUCGCCGCCGAGAACAGCUUCAACGACUUCCUCUCCCGCGCCCUGCACAUCGAGAACGCCUUCACCAACACCAUCGCCUCGCUGGCCCCCUCGCCCGAAUCCGGCGAGCGCCUCCUCCCCGGCGGCGUCUACGUCGUCGUCGCCGCCAUGGCCGGCUCCAUCGUCUCCCGGAACCGCGGCAUCUUCCUCCGCACGCUCUCACCGCUGGCCUUUGGUACCGUGGCUGCUUGGACCCUGUUGCCCGUGACGAUGCGGAACGUCUCCGACCUGGUAUGGGAGUAUGAGAAGAAGGUGCCUGUCGUGGCCGAGCAGCAUCUGGCUCUCCGUGAGAGGGCGGAGUACCUGUGGCACACGGGUGUGGCGCACAGCGGCAUGGCCCGGCAGAGGAUGGAGGAGAAGAUCGGUGAGACGAGGAAGAAGUUGGAGGAGUUGGUGAGCAAGGGACAUUAA